AGAUUACAAGGGAGGUAACCGCCAACGUCCUCAACCACCGUCAGCUUCAAAAACUUAAAAGCAGGAAUCAGUUAACGCUGCUCACUCAUUAGAACCUGAACGUAGCAAAAUGUACAUGCAAGUUCUCGAACUCCUUCCUCCGGCCUACGGUUAUGUAGUGCUCGUUGCUGUUGCAUCCAUAUUUCUUAUACAAUGGAUGGGAUAUAAAGUAAUGCAAGCACGCAAGAAGUACGACGUCAAGUAUCCCACAAUGUAUUCAAAAGACUCAAACAUGUUCAACUGUAUUCAGAGAGUCCACCAGAACACACUUGAAGGCUACCCCAUAUUCCUUAUGCUUCUGGGAUUUGCCGGACUCUUUUAUCCUAUUGUCUGUACUAUUUGUGGAGUUCUGUGGAUUGUUGGCAAAGUAAUCUAUGCUAAUGGUUACUACACUGGAGAUCCCGAGAAGCGACGUCCUGGAGCAUUAAGCUAUUUAGGCUUGCUGCCCUUACUUGCAAUGAGUGUAAUGGUAGCAAUUCAACUUAUUUCUAAGUAAAUCAUCCACAAAGAUUUUUUUUUAAUUUUCACUUAUUGUUUUAAAAGAAAAAUGAAUAAAAUAACAAAUAAAUAUUUCUUGCAAUGUAGGUUAUCAUUAAAAAUAUUUUAAAAUUACUACUAUUAACAAAAAUAGUAGUAUUGGCACUACUGAAGCAAGUACUAAAAAUUA